GAACGGAAAAGAUGUUGCAUAUGUGCAGUCCGAGCCAGAUUGACAAUAAUAAUAAGUCAGACGAAAAUGGCGGAGUUCAAGAGGUGUAUGAUUCACUGUUUGUUAUUAUUGUAUUUGACUUUUAAACAGUUCAAAACAGUUUUUGGUAAUGGAGGGGUUGGUAAUGGACAAUGUUAUUGUAAUAACGAAAAUACAAAGUUGCGAGGGGUGGAUGGUGGUACCUGUAUAAACAAUGUCUGUCCACGCAAUCCCAAACUUCACGAAUGUUAUACAGUGUUGCACAAAAAUGGUCAUAUGGAAAAAGGGUGCAUUAGAUUGACUCAUUGUUUUGAGAUCAAAAAUGCACACAAACAUGAAAGAUUGAUUAAUUGCUGUAAAGGUGACAUGUGUAACAAAAAUGUAGGAAAAGAUGAUCUGGAAUUUAUCGAAGAUCAUCAUUUACUAGAAGGAACGUCAUUGCCACCAACAAAGAGUAAAGAGAUCAUAUCUAUACCUACUGCAGCUGCGAUUGCCGUUCCAGCUUCGCUCAUAUUUUUACUUGCAACUUUGUUCGUGUUGUACAAAGAUAGAAGAAAGAAGAGAUUAAUGCGGAGGAUAGCUGAAGAAAAUCACUUGUUGACACAAAGACUUGACGAAAUCAAUGGUAUUAACCUUGUUGAUUGCACCACGUCAGGAAGCGGAGCCGGCUUGACUUUGCUGGUGCAACGCACUAUCGCACGGCAAGUCCUCCUGCAUGAGCGAAUCGGCGCUGGUAGAUUCGGUUCGGUCCAUCGAGGAACUUGGCACGGUCAGGAAGUGGCUGUGAAAAUAUUUUCGUCCAAUGAAGAAGCGUCGUGGUUUAGGGAAGCACAAAUUUACCAAACAACAAUGUUACGUCAUGAAAAUGUUUUAGGUUUCAUUGCUGCAGAUAAUAAAGACACUGGUUCUUGUACGCAACUUUGGUUAGUCACUGAAUAUUAUCCGUUCGGGUCAUUGUAUGACUUCCUCCAAGAACAGUAUUUGACACCACGCGAAACAUUAAAGAUGGUGUACAGCAUGAUCAACGGGUUGUGCCAUCUACACAUGGAAGUGAUCGGCACGGAGGGGAAACCUGCAAUGGCUCAUCGUGAUAUGAAAACCAAAAAUAUUUUAGUAAAAAAUAAUAAAACCUGUGCUAUUGCUGACUUAGGAUUGACCGUGUUACAUACUUCCAUCAAUGACAAAGUAGACAUGCCUACCGGUACACGCACGGGAACAACUCGUUACCAGGCCCCAGAAUUACUAAGUGAAAUUGUGAACUUUUCGUAUUUCGAUUCCUAUCGAAGAGCAGAUGUUUAUGCAUUCGGGUUAUGUGCGUGGGAGGUCUGUCGUCGAACUGAGAUAGAUGGUCAUGUCGAUGAGUACCAGUUACCGUAUUACGAUUGCGUUCAACCGGAUCCAUCACACGAGGAGAUGAAAAAAGUAGUGUGUGAUGAGAACAGGAGACCUGCGUUUGCUGAACAGUGGCAUACUGAAGAGCCCAUGAAAAUCUUAGUAAAGAUCAUGAAGGAAUGUUGGUAUCCAAAGGGCGCAGCCAGACUGACUUCACUGAGAAUUAAAAAGAACAUCGUAGCUAUAUGUCGUGAACUCGACAUAAAAGUAACAUAUUGAGAGAAACAAAUGAGAAGUGAUAGUUAGCUUGUAUCAUGUAAUGUCGUAGCGGUUGCCCUGUCCUGUAAUUCAAUGGUUGAAGAACCGGUGACAGAAAUGGAAAAGCAAAUCGGAAGAAAAAUCCCCUCAAACAUUUCCCUUUGUCAUGUUGGACCUGAAAUAUAUUACCUAACGGUAGUAAGGAUAUACUGAUCUUUAUUACUGAAAAUUAUUUAUUACAGAUAAAAAAAUUUUUUUAUACAGAAUGUACUUAAUUAUGAAAACAUUGUAACAAAUUUAAAUUAAUAGCAGAAUUCGA